UCCACACACACACACACACACACAGAGUUGUUGCUCAGGUUGUGUUUCUCUGUUUUUCUUUACAAAGAUCAAAACCAUGUUGUCGUCCAGAACUCUGCUCAACAAACAAACUCUGACUCUUCUGUCUCGUCAGCCCGUCGCCUUCGUGCACGGUGACCAUGGCAACGGAGGGAACAUCGCUGUGGUUUUCUCAGGAUGUGGUUGGUGGGACGGAACUGACGUCCACGAGGGCGUGUACACCAUGUAUCACCUGAGCAGAAACGGCGCUCGUUUCCAGAUGUUUGCUCCAAAUCAGCAGCAGAUGAAUGUCAUGGAUCACAUGAAGAAGCAACCGAUGAGCGGAGACAACCGUAACGUGAUGCUGGAGUCGUCUCGGUUCAGUCACGGUCAGGGACAAAUGCAGAUGCACGACCUGAACAAACUGGACGUCAACAGCUUUGACGCCGUCAUCUUUCCUGGAGGACACGGCAUCGUCAAGAACCUAUCCUCGUUCGUCAAAGACGGUAAAGACUGUAAACUGCACAGCGACGUGGAGAGAGUUCUCAAAGACUUCCACCGAUCACGGAAACCUAUCGGUCUGUCCAGCAUGGCUCCAGUGUUGGCCUGUCGUGUUCUGCCCAGCAUCGAGGUCACCAUGGGUCAUGAGCGUGACGAGAACUCUCGCUGGGGAAACUGGCCGUACACCAACAUGGUUCAGGCCGUGAAGAACAUGGGAGCUCGUCAUCACGUCCACGAACCUUUUGAAGCUUUCGUGGACGAGAAGAACAAAGUGGUGAGCACUCCGUCCUUCAUGUGGGAGACAGAGUUCCACUAUCACUACAUCUUUGACGGGAUCGGAAACAUGGUCAAACACGUGAUGCGUCUGGCCAACAAGUGAGAAGG